AGCGAAGUGCGGAACUUUGAAUUAGAGAAAUAUUUGCAGGUUGUGGAUGUAUUGCCUAAGGCUGAAUAUUCGCAAAGGAUUCCUCUGAUACCACGAUUGGAUAGGACGGCUGGAGAAAAUCUUUCGAAACGGGUAGAGGCGACGAGAAUGCCACGCAACAAACUGUUGGCCAACUCCAAUCCAAGUGGCAUGAAGAGCACUCCGUCGUUGAGCUCGUUCGUCGACAAAAUCUCGUCGAGCUGGUUUGGAAGUAACUAG